AUAAAACGAUGAAAGCUAGGAACAGAAAUUGUUUGCACUUCACAUGCAGAUGUAUAUAGAUACAUACACUAGUAGUAGUGUAAAUAGAUCAUUAUGUUAUCUCUGAGUGUAAGUUGAAAAUUGCAGUGGAAUUGAACAGUUGAAAAACUUGUUUUUUCCAGAUAAGAUGUUGCUGUAAGUAAAUAGAGUGUUCAAAAUGAUAGAAACUGGUGCUGAGUCACAGAUUAGUUACCAUCACCAUGACAGGUACAGUGGAACAAAAAAAUGGAAUCCGAAAAUGGAUACUUCAAUUUUUAUUGCAGAACAGCAACAAACAGUUUCACAUAAGAAUAUUAUACGGAGGUGGAAUCGACUCUCACGCCUUCAAAGAUCAUUAGUUUAUGCAUUUUUAUUGAUAACCAUCACUGUAUUAAUAUUGCUGUAUUCAUCAAAGCUUAGCACUGACAUAAAUAAAGAUGAAAUUAAAAAAGUAGUUAAAGUAAGUUAACCUUUCGUAUCUUUUUGUAUGCAACCAUUAUACCAUUCUCAGUAAUAAAAUCAUGCAUAAAAAAUAACUAUACAAAUGGUCAGUUGCUUCUGAUAACAGUUAAAAUAAUAUCAGUUAAAUUUAUCAUAAUUACUAUUAGUAGUCUAAGGGAUCUGGUGACUUCCCAUUUGGUGUUGAAUUACUAAACAUGUUAUCUGAAAGUGCUACCAUAUGGGAAUUAUCAUUAAAAUAUUUAAAUAGCUUUUAUAUUAAAUUUCAGAGUACAAAUAGUUAAGUUUUAGUUGUAAUCAUUUUGCUAACGCAAACAUUUGAUUAUAGGAACCUGUAAAAAAUGUGUCUCUAGUCAAUGAAUCGGCAGCUGUCGCCGUUAAACCUAUGAAGACUGUUAUUGAGAAUGAAUUCAAUGAGAGGCCUGCGUUCACGGGACCAGGUAACGCUAGACAAUAUGCCGUUGUGCAAAGUUUUAAACAUGCCUGGAGAGGUUACAAGGAACACGCUUGGGGCCAUGAUAACCUGAAGCCUGUAUCAGGCAUGGCAUUUGAUUGGUUCUCCCUUGGACUAACCAUUGUUGAUGGUUUAGAUACCGCAUAUAUUAUGGGUUUAACUGAAGGUUGGCUUGGUUAUACCCAUUAUUUUUAUAAUGGUCUUUAUAAAUGAAUCUACAAUAGUUAAAAAUGCUUAUCUUUAUUUUUAGAGUUUGAAGAGGGUAGACAGUGGAUUAAAGACCACUUGGUGUUCACUAAGAAUAAGGAUGUAAAUUUUUUCGAAGUCACAAUAAGGGUACUUGGCGCGCUACUGACCAACUACCACUUCACACAAGAUGAGAUGUUUCUUGAAAAAGCGGUGCGGUUUUGACACUUUUAUUUAAGUAGUUUUUGUAAACAUUUUUCUCAGUGGAAGUAGUUUACUCUGGAAAAUUUUGUUAUUAUAAUAACCUUUUUUUAAAUAUGAUAACAUUUUUGUAUUUAUAUUCCGCAGAAAGAUCUUGGCGAGCGUUUGAUGGCCGGAUUUUCAUCGCCCUCUGGCAUUCCUUAUUCGGACGUGAACCUUGGUACUCGGACCGCUCAUGCUCCGGAAUGGUCCCAUUACAGUACCACGGCGGAGGUCACCACUGUUCAACUGGAAUUCAGGGAGCUAUCCCGAGCGUCUGGCAAUCCAGCAUUUGAAGUGAAUAAAUACUCUUACUAUAAUUAACGAAAAUAUGUUGUAAAUUUAUUAUUCAAUAUGCAAUACACUAUUAAAAUUAGUUAUAAUUUGCUUGGUGAAGUAUAGAUGGAAUAUUCGAAUUGUGUAAAUAUGUUGUUUUAUUAAUAAAAACUUUAUUUCUCACCACAAACAACAUUACAAUAGGGUGUACAUUUUCAUUAAUAUUUUAUGACAAGUUACAUUUUUAUUGUUAUUUUAUGACAAGAAUAUUGCCAUCGCACAUAUUUUUUUGGCGCACAACAAAAGAAUUUAAAUUAUUCAAUGGCAUGGGCUAUAUAUAUUUCAUUUAUAUUUAAAUUGAUACACAGGUAUGUCUGUGUCGAUGUUUUAAUUAUUAGUAACUUUAAAAAAUCUCAUUUAUUAAAAAAAUAUCUAUUUUUUUGACACUUUUCUUUAUUAAGAUCAUUAGCACCAGUUUAUUGACAAUUCAAACGAAUGAAGCUGUGUAAAAGUUGACACUUUGAAAAAAAUAAUUAUAUAGAUAUUUCAUAAUAACUUCUUAUAUUGUAAUCUUAGAAAUGUAUGUGAUGUUAUCUAAUUAGCAAAUGAUAUUUUACCUUUUCUUUUAAUGCGAAGAUAAAAUGUAUUAUAUAGGACGCAGCAACGGUAGUUUCGGAGAAGAUACAUCAGCUGCCGAAGAAGCAUGGUCUAGUGCCCAUAUUCAUCAAUCCAAAUACCGGACAUUUCUUGCCGCACGCCACAAUAACGUUAGGCGCCCGAGGUGACAGCUACUACGAGUACUUACUGAAACAAUGGCUGCAAACCGGAAAAACGGUCAAUUAGUAAGUUAAAAAUCAUAUUUAAAUUUUGUGUCAAUGUCAUUUGCUAUCUUUCAUAUUUCUAGACCA